AUGUACACCGCCGCCAUCUCCGCCUUCGCCUUCGUCCUCGCGCUCCUCGCGCACGCCGUCCACGCCAGCCCCGCCGUCACAGUGAAAACGGACAUCGCCUCCAAGUUCCCCGUGCACGACCUCCGCUCGGCCGUCGCGCACCCCAACGCCACGCUCUCGCCGGCCGGGCUCCACCCCGCCGUCACGCAGGCGGAGUUCCCCGCGUUCCUGCUCAUGUGCCCCACGGUGUCGUGCAUCAGCUGCAUCCAGCUCGAUAUGAGCACAAUCCCACACAACGAAUGCCUCGGCUCGGGCGUCGAGGCGAUGUCGGUCGCGAUUAACCAGCCAAGCAACGAGGGCCUGCCGUUUGGGGUGUUCGUCGCGCCGGACGGCUGCACGAGCAUCAUCCAGAUCCCGGCGGUCAACACCUGCUACAACGUCAACGGCAAUACCGUCAGCGAGUUUGCGCUCGCUUGA